AUGCCUGGCCACGCGGCGGCGCCAGGUGUGGCGGCAGCGGCGCACACGGGCGCUGCUCUUCUACGGCACCGACUUCCGCGCCUACGAGGCGCCGCUGCCGCGCCUGCCGCAUCAGGCUUGGGCGCUGUUCCACGAGGAGUCGCCCAUGAACAACUACGCGCUGUCGCACGCGCCAGGCAUCCGCCUUUUCAACUACACGGCUACGUUCCGGCGCGAGUCGCACUACCCGCUCACGCUGCAGUGGCUGGCGAGCCUGGCCUACCUGCGCCGUGAGCCGCUGCCGCUGCCCGACAAGGAGAGCUGGCGCCAGCGCGGCUACGGGCCCGUGCUCUACUUGCAGUCCCACUGCGACGUGCCCGCCGACCGCGACCGCUACGUGCACCAGCUCAUGAACUACAUCCAGGUAGACUCCUACGGCAAAUGCCUGCAUAACCGAGAGCUUCCCAGCGAGAGGCUGACAGACACUUCUACAGCCACAACAGAGGAUUCUGAAUUCAUGACCUUUAUCUCCAGGUACAAGUUCCACCUGGCCAUGGAGAAUGCAAUAUGCAAUGACUACAUAACAGAAAAACUGUGGCGUCCACUGCAUGUGGGAGCCAUCCCUGUGUAUCGAGGGUCCCCAUCUGUGCGGGACUGGAUGCCUGAUAACCUCUCCAUCAUCCUUGUGGAUGAUUUUGGAAGCCCCCAAGAGCUAGCAGAGUACCUUCACUUCUUGGACAGGAAUGGGGAGGAAUACUUGAAAUACCUAGAGUAUAAGAAGCCAGGAGGCAUUAAAAACCAGUUUCUGGUGCAGAGCCUGAAGUCACGAGAGUGGGGAGUGAAUGAUAUGACUCUGCCAAAUUACCUGAAUGGCUUUGAGUGUUUCGUCUGUGACAAGUUGGAAGGAGAUGUGGCUGCAGGAUUACUGGCAGAGCCUUGACCAAAGUGAAGCCCUCACUGCCAUGAUUCACCACAAUGAGUCGCAUCAGGGAAAGUUCUGGGAUUAUAUGCAUGAAAUAUUCCUCAAGAGGACCAGACAGCACUGACCAUCAUCAUAAGAACCCAGUUCAGUUUUGGAGAGUGGGAGGGUAGGGGCUCAUACUUGGAUCCAAGAUCUGCCUUGGGUGAAAAAAACAGCCAAUUUUUGUACCUUCUUCUGGCUUUGGAGACCUGGGUUCAUCCCCCACACUACUUCAGCAGUGAGUCCCACUUAUGGCCUGAAGGCAUCCACUGGUCUUCUUGCACAUUCAGUGUCAUUUCUCUCUGACCAAAAAGUAUCAUCUUUUGUGCCAAAGGAUUGUGAACAGAGACCUGAGCUCUGAGGUUCAGCUGAAAUGUCUUCAGUUGUUCAGGGAAUGUUAUCUCCCAAUACUAAGUAUUAUUUUUAUUUUGCCUGUCGCUUAAUCCUCCAAUUAAGAUGGAUGUUUGCUUCUUUUUCAUCAGAAUGAUGGUUAAUAUCUAACUGUUAUGAACAGGUAACUUUUCCAAUGAAGGGACUAGGAAAGAUCUGUGUCUGAAGGAAGGGGUUAUGUCUUAGGACAUUUUAAUAUUAAAGCUUUCCUUCUUCAAGUGACUGUGCCUCAAGAGCACUACAUUUCAGGGAACAUUUUUCUUUUUGCACAACUUCAUCAAGAAUAGUUUGUUUCUGUUAAAUUACCACAAUCUCAGUGGUCUUGGUGGACGGCUCAUUUCAAAAGUGGUAUUUGUUGUCCUUAUAAAUCAGGUAGUGAUGUAGAAGGAACAAUGCAGUCUAAGCCCAUGCACUGUAUAUAUGUGAGUACAUGUGCAGUUUACAUACUGACUGCAAUUUAGUAUGUGCUAUGUCUCCCUUGAUAAACAAUUAUUAACCCUGCCUGGUUGCACAGCCGCUGAGCUGCAGGGGGGCCUGGUGCUUCUCUUCAGUGAUGCCCCCCAGUACCACCUGGGCAGGAUGCUAGCUGGACAGGUGCAACCACAGCUCACAGGUAGCACCCACCAGAUCCAACAGUGCACGGGGCACUGGAAGCCUGGGUGUGCUCAGGGAAGCUUGGGCUUGACAGGUUUCCAGUUCCCCAUGCACCACUCUCUUGCUGCCUGGGAUGACCUGGGAACAAGCUGGGUGCCCUGGGAAGGCAGCAGAAGGGCAACUGGGUGUGCUGGCUGCUAGAGAAGGUGGCAAGGACGGUGUAUGGGGCACUGGAAGCCUUUCAAGCCUGAGCUUCCAGCACCCAGUGCACCAUCCCUGCUGCUUUCUCUGGAUAGGGCCCUUGUACACGUGAGGAAUAUUACUGUAAUUUGUUAGAUAGCAAGCUAAAAUACAUGGGAUAUGUUUUGUUUUGCUAUGUAAAAAAAAUCAUUGAAAUUAAAAUAGCCGCCAAACGCAUACGCUGUUAAUGAAAUUUAAUCAUAACAUGGUGCUGAAUGUGUGGACUGUUACACAAUUAAACUGUUAAAAUGGGCAGUUAAACCACUAAAAGGGGCAAUUUCCUCAUGUGUACGAGGGCCCUUAGUCACGUGUACAAGAGCCGUCUUAUUCUAUGACUAUAAACAAGUCACAAGGUCAGACUUUUGACAAAAUAUAUAUUCCUAAGCCUCUGUUUACACAUGGACAGCUUUUAUGUAGCCUUUUCGAAGGUGAGAAGUUUUGCUUCUAUUAAAGUGUUUUGUCAAAGGAUAACAAAAAAUCCUGUAUUUAAAGAAACGCUUUUGCAAUAAAAAUUUAAUCACAAAUGUUUUGUGGGUUUUAGUUAGUAUUACAUAUAGCAACAAAAUAGAAUUGAACUACAGACUCACAGACGUAGCUACAGGAUUAUGUGGUGUUUGAAGAUUUAUAUAAACUUAGGCACUACAUAAAUUAAUUCUGCGUAUUUGUGUUUUGAUGCCUUCCUUGUUAACAAACCAUUCUUGACUGAAAGACAGCUUAAUACCUUCUUAAACCACUUCUCCUUUAAUUGCUCAGGAUUUGUCUACAUGGGCACACUUAAAAAGAUUAAUCUGAAUAAACUUUUAAGAUAGUUUACACAAAUCAAAUUCCUGCGCUCAUUCAGAAUUAAAGUGCCUUUAAUUCACUCUGCAAGUAAAUUAAACCAAGUUAAGUACAUUUUAAGUCUGAAUAUGAACAUCUACACAAAGGAUCCAUCCAGUUUAAAUAAUCCACUUUGAAGUCACACAUUUUUCAAGUGUCCCUGGGCAGAAAAGCCUACAGUCGUCUUUUAUGUGAUUGUAUAUUCCAUGUUAUAACUUGGUUUUAUAAUUGAUUUUGUCAUUAAUAAUAAUCAUCUCUACACCGUGUUAAUCUUUUUGUGUGUGUGAAGUUGUUUGAGAGAUCUGGAUGAAAAAUGUAGGUCUUGUUUUUAGAACAAAAGUGAAAAUACGAGCUGAGUGGUAACAGACUAUAUGUUUUCUAUUUUGCCUUUCAAUUCAGUAGUUUUUCCAGAACUGAUAUGAUUGUUCCAAGACAGGGAAGUCAGUUAAAUACAUUUUCAGUGCUUUGCUAUAACAAAUUUAUCUGCUCUCAUCAGAAAGAAACCUGCAGCAGUUUAUUGUUUUGGGUCAUCAGGGUGAUUGGUUGGAGGGAAUAACUAUAUGCAUGUGCGUGGUGAGUAGGGCCCUGAGAAAAUCGUAGAUUUCUUGUCGAAAACUUGCAGCACAUGCACGGGUAAAGUAUCAUUUUUCACAGAACGUUCACGGAACUACCAUUGAGCUUGGCAAAUGGGUCCUGGUAGUUCCGUGAAUGUUCUGUGAAAAAUGAUACUUUACCCAUACAUGGGUGGCAGGCAGGCACGUAGCCAUAGGCGAUGGAAGGCCAGAGCUAACAGAGUUUAGCCCCCUCAAAUGUGGGGCAGCGCAGAGGGCUGCAGGGCAGCCUGCGAACAGGUUCCAGGUGGCUGUCGGGGCACACACAGACAGACAUGGAGCCUGCAUGCAACAUGGUGUGCCAAGCACUGCCCACCACAGCAGGUAAGUUAGGGAAGGGGAAAGGGCGUGGCAGGAGGCAAACUGAGGCCCCCACAGGGAGGGAGUGGGCAGGGGCUGGAAUGAGUGGGUCCCUGGGGCAGGUUGUGGGACAAUAAGAGCCCAGGAGGCUCUUCUGGGGCCUGGGGGUGGCUUCUGCUGCUGCAUGCACCUCAGGAGAGGCCCAGGGGGCAUGUGCUGUCUGGAUCUGUGCAGGGCAGAGGUGGCUGCAACUGCGGGCUGGGCUCUGCCCCGCUGCUGCUGCCCCAGUAGCUGGUAGCAGCAGGUAUAUGAUAUGCUGUUCCUGGAGCAGCAGCGUGCAGAACCUGGCCCGUAGCAGCAGCCCACCUCCACCCUGUGCACAGAUCCGGGGGGCAUCUCUGCCCUGCAGAUCCGAGCCUCUCCCAAGCUGCGUGUAGUGGUGGAAGCCCCCUCCCUGGACAAGC